GCAUCUUUAAAUCGGACCUUCCCGCCCCGACAACUGGUAUAUCUUCUCCUGGCGACAAGAUUCGGGCUCCUUCCUCACCACUGGACGGCAGGCGCUUGACUCUCGACUUCAGUCACUCCUUUUCCUCUUUUCUUCCUCUUGCAUUUCCCUUGGGAGGAUGGGUGUCAUCGAGGACCUCGGGGUCCAAUUAGGCCCGCUGGCCGACCAGUUCGCGCGCCUUUCGACACCCGCGCAAGUCGGUGCCGCGGUCGGAGGGUUCUUGUUCUUGAGCGUUUUUCUUAACGUCCUGAAGCAGAUUCUCUUCAAGAACCCCAAUGAGCCGCCUGUCGUUUUCCACUGGUUCCCCUUCGUGGGCAGCACCAUCACCUACGGCAUGGACCCUCCGCGCUUCUUCAAGGAGAACAGGGCAAAGUAUGGCGACUGCUUCACUUUCAUCCUGCUCGGAAAGAAGACGACCGUCUACGUCGGGCCCAAGGGCAACGACUUCAUCUUGAACGGCAAGCUCCGCGAUGUCUGCGCCGAGGACAUUUACACCGUCCUCACCACGCCCGUUUUUGGAAAGGAUGUCGUGUACGACUGCCCCAACUCCAAGCUCAUGGAGCAGAAGAAGUUCAUGAAGGUUGCGCUCACGACCGAGGCUUUCCGCUCCUACGUACCCAUCAUCUCGGACGAGGUCAUGAGCUACUUUAAGCGGUGCCCCGACUUCAAGGGCCAGUCCGGCAUUGUCAACAUCCCCCCCAAGAUGGCUCAGAUCACCAUCUUCACCGCCUCGCAUGCGCUCCAGGGCAAGGAGAUCCGUGAUAAGUUCGACGAAACCCUGGCCGACCUCUACCACGAUCUCGACAUGGGUUUCUCGCCCAUCAACUUCAUGCUGCACUGGGCCCCGCUGCCAUGGAACAACCGCCGCGACCACGCGCAAAGGACCGUCGCCAAGAUCUACAUGGACACCAUCAAGGAGCGCCGCGCCCGGGGCGAGACAGGUGCCCAGGAUAUGAUGUGGCACCUGAUGAACGCGACAUACAAGAACGGCGCCAAGGUCCCAGACCACGAGAUUGCCCACAUGAUGAUUGCGCUCCUGAUGGCGGGCCAGCACUCGUCGUCCUCCACCAGCUCGUGGAUCAUGCUCCGCCUCGCUUCCCGGCCCGACAUCAUGGAGGCGCUCUACGAGGAACAGGUCAAGAACCUCGGCGCCGACCUUCCUCCGCUGACGUACGAGGACUUGGGCAAGCUCCCGCUCAACCAGGCCAUUGUCAAGGAGACGCUCCGGCUCCACGCCCCAAUCCACUCCAUCAUGCGCGCCGUUAAGCAACCCAUGCCGGUCCCCGGUACCAAGUACGUCAUUCCGCAGAACCACGUGCUCCUCGCGGCGCCGGGCGUCUCGGCCACAGACGCGCAGUACUUCCCCGAGCCAGACCUCUGGGAGCCGCGCCGGUGGGACAGGGAGUCGCCCCUGGCACCCAGCAUUGUGCGGAACGAGCAGAAGGAGGACGAGGAAGAGAAGAUCGACUACGGAUACGGCCUGGUUAGCAAGGGCGCGGCGUCGCCUUACCUGCCUUUCGGCGCGGGCAGGCACCGGUGCAUUGGCGAGCAGUUCGCCAACGUGCAGCUGCAGACGAUUGUCGCCAUGACGGUGCGGAUGUUCAAGUUCCGCAACGUCGACGGCAGCAACGACGUCAUUGGUACCGACUAUGCCUCGCUAUUUUCGCGGCCUCUGGAGCCCGCGAAUAUCCAUUGGGAGCGGAGAGAUAAGGAGUAGAGUGAAGGUUGGAUGGAUGGAUGAGAGGGGUUGGGAUAGUAAUGGGUAUGCUGUGUAUAUCUUGGGUGGUUGUUGAUGAUAAAAUAUGUCGUAACGACUAGACCGGGGCGCUGAGUUGAGCCAGGCAAGAAACAAUACCUAGACGCUAAUAUUAAUGGUUACUUGUCCAUGGCCGAUCAUCUAGCUGCCGUGUUGUUGGCAAUGUUGACAGCGUGUUCUGUUUGUGUCAGGCGUUAAGUAAAUAGUACAUACGACUCAACUUUGUAAUCGUG